AUCGCCGGGCUUCCUGUGGAUUUGUUUUUAUCGAUGACAGAUGGUAGCCACCAAAGUGAAAACAAAAUGGCGGCCUUCAUCACAAGCGAAAGGGCCGAUCGAUACAAGACGAAAAUUGCUUCUGUUUGUAGUACUAUAUCACAUUUGUAGCUAGUCUAUCGGCAGGAGGGAGUGUUUUUAUCUAACGAUGCUUUCAUUGGACGAGUUUGAGGAACCAUUUGACAGCUAUGAGUAUGUUGAGCGUUUAGCAAGUACGGUGGCAGGUGGAGGGAGCAAAGGUGGACCAGAUACCUUCAAUCCCAGGAAGCUCUCCUGUGCAUUUGAGAAAACAAUUCAAGAUUUACGUGCCCUUGAUGAGAAAUUACAGGGGCGCAUUAAUAAGCUGGAGGAGCUGUGUAUCAAAGAGCAGCAAGAACACCGACAGAAGGCGACAGACCUCCAGUCUACAUACAAGGUAGCAUUUGGUUUGUUCCAAGAGUUGGAUGACCGUAUCAACUAUGUUGCCACAAAAGUUGUUCACCUGGGUGACCAGCUUGAGGGGAUCAACGCCCCACGCUCCAGAGCACUAGAGGCUCAGGAACUCAUGAAGUACUUUAAGGAGUUCUCCAGCCAGGAUGAGUUGACGUCGAAAGUCUUCUCUGACCCUGACCAGAUUCAUGAAGCUGCCAAUAUUAUCCAGAAGUUGUCUUUAAUUGCACAAGAGCUUCCAUCUGAGAGAUUUGAGGAUGUUAAAGAAAGAAUACAAGAUCGCUAUAAUCAAGUCGAAGGUGACCUGAUCAGCCAGUUCAAACAUGCACAUCACUGUGGUGAUACAGACAAGAUGAAGGCGUGCGCAGAGACACUCGUACCAUUCAAGGGCUACUCGCAGUGCGUGGAUAUUUUCAUUGAGCAGUGUCAAAAGGGUCAAUUUCUCUCUGCUGACGUGUUCAAAGAUGUUGGCCUAGUGUGUGAAAAUGUGCACAGCCUGGUGAAGGAUGUGUUUGGCUCAAAUGCUGAGAUAGUCAUGGGCAAAUUUGUGCAGAAUCUUCACGAUGGUGUCCUGCAGAAACAUGUGCAAAGCAAGCUCCUUAACUUUGGAUUUGAUAAAGAGCAGUCUCUAAAGAACUUGUUUACUCUUUAUGGCAAAGCCAAGGAGACAAGUAAGCAGCUAUCAGAAUAUAAAAUGGGAUCUGAUUCUAACUUCCUGGAGAGGUUGAGAAAAAAUCUUUUCAAUGAGUAUCUGUCCAAGUACAUAAGCCAUGAGCUUGAAUACCUCCAUGAAAAAUCAACCCUGAUUCUUGAGCGGUACUACAAUAAGAUUGGUCACCAGAAGAGAGAACGCCCUUUUGCUGGGACAGGAUUGCUUACUCAAGAACUGCAGAAGAGGAUCCCAGGCCGCCUGGCUGCACCUACAGAGAUCAGCAAGGAGACAUACCUCUCUCAGGAUGUUGCUGUCAACCUUCUGCAGGAGAACAAAGUGGCCCUAAAAAGAUGUGAAAUGUUGUCAAGUGCAUCUGAGAUGGCAUCCAAUGCAUUUGCCAUUUACCAGAAGCUACUAGAUCAUCUAUGUGCUGAACAUAUUGACUACGCCCUAGACAUGGCAAUACACAACUUACCGCCUGCAGAUCCUAGAUCGCCAGUUGAAACAGUAUUCUUUGAUGUUGUGGAUCAAGCCAAUGCUAUCUUCCAUCUACUGGAAAAGCACUUCACUGAUGCAAUUAUACGCUUGGUCGGCUCCACGCCAGUUUAUGCAGAGUGUGUGCGCAAGAAGAAAGAGGGCAUGGAGAUGAUGGAGACUAAGCUUGACAGUGGUCUGGACAGAGUCCUGACGUCACUGGUAGGGUGGAUCCGUUAUAUUCUGAACACAGAGCAGAAGAAGACCGACUUCAAGCCGGAAUACACACCGGACGAUAACUGGACAGGACUUGAUCUUUUCAGCUGCACUUCGGCUUGUUCAAAGAGUUGCCAGUUCAUCCGUGCGCAGCUUGAGAGAAUACGCGAUGCUUUAGAUGGCAAGAAUCUCGAGUCUGUGCUCACUGAGUUCGGCACAAGAAUACAUCGAUUACUUUUUGAGCAUCUCCAGCAGUACACUUAUAGCUAUGAUGGUGGAAUGCGUGCUAUUUGUGACAUCAAUGAAUAUCGAAAAUGCAUGAAGGAGUUUAAGAUCCCAUUACUUAUAUCAUUGUUUGAGACACUACAUCAAUUAGUCAAUUUAUUGGUGGUGGUGCCGGAGAAUUUACGACAAGUUUGCAGCGGAGACCAGCUGGCGGUCCUUGACAAGUCUGUUCUACAGCAGUUUAUUCAGCUACGAGCAGACUACAGAACGUCCAAACUCCAGCGCCUCUUAGUGUAACCUGAAUACUAAAAUAUAAAAUCAGUGUUAAGAUAUAUAGUCCUACUGGUUGGUAAAUAGACUGGUCUUACAAGGGACCAAAUCACCUAACCGUGAUACAUUGCAAAGGACGAGUAAGCACUGAGGGCAGCGUCGUCGUUUUAUGUGCUGCUUUCAACACAGGUAGCCCAGGCAAUGGUUUUUAAGCUUGUUCGUAGCUUGGAAUCAGCUGUUAUUCUGAGAUUCUGGAUUGAAGUAGCGAUUAUUUUUCACUACUUAAAUCCUCUCGUUUUAUCUCUCAGAACUCAAAACUACCGAUUUUCCUCUGAGCCGAGUCCAAGCUACGAACAAGCUUCAAAACCAUUGCCUGGGCUACCUGUGCUUUCAAAUGCAAUGCAUGCAAAUGGAACAUGAAGCAAUUGCCGCGUUAAAAACGGCGCAUGGAAAUAAGGGCGUUUGCCCUUUUUGAAAUAGAUGUAUACCUAUACACACAUUAGCACGUCAGCAUUGCAGUGGGCUUUGAAACAUCUUAGGACCCAAACAGCCCCAGGCCAAUCACGUCGCCUUUUUUGCGCCCAUACAAUACAGUUAUACUAAAAGAAUCCAUUUCAAUCGGCUUAUCGAGCAAGUGACUGAGUAGUUUCAAUAGAAUAUCGUUAAAAGGUUCAACUUCAAUCGUGGGUGUUUAUUUUAUAGUUUUCUUGCAAAUAAACCAAUGUAUUUUCAAUUGCAAACGAUAAUGAAGGAGUGGUCCAUCGACUUUAUUUAAAGCUUUUGCUGUUUGUACACCAGCAUUAAUUCCAUGUCUUGUGGUCCGUAGCAACAAUUGGCAUUUGACGUGUGGUCCCUUCAAAAUAACCCUAAAUUUUAAAGGGUUAAUUCACUUUUAAAUAUGUUCUCUUUAAAACUUUGGAAAACUUUUCACACGGCUUUAGCUUGAUAUGUAGGAAAAAUUGAUUUGCAUUUAUAGAAACAACCAAACAUGUAAAAUAAACAUUACAUUGUACAAUGGAAUAUACCUGUUGUCAAAAUAAUGUAGCGUAUUCUUUCAUUUAGCGUCACCGGGGAUUUAGUGGAAUACGUUUUGUGGGUUUAAAAGGCAGAGUAAAUCGGGUAGCAUAUUCUUUAUUUGUGUUGAUUCUCACAAUGUCAAAUGUAAAUGUACCAUACAAUAAAUACAUUUUUUUACUA